CCCACACAUAAAGCAGUUCAGUUGGAGACCGACGAGAGAAGACAUGGCGGCACUAGUAACCCCGGCAGCCGCUUCUGCUGCGCUGGUGUCCGAGAUGAUGGCUCAGGGCCGCAAGUCCGCCGCCGCCCUCGAGGCCCUGCUCCAGGUCCAGGACCAUGCUGGGAUCCGGGAUCUCACCGCUGAGAUCCUCCGCUGCUGCGAUCGCGCUCUCGCCGCCCUCCACGGCAAACAAGGCCGGAAUAAGCGCAAGUCGCCCUCCCACGGCGGCGCAGCCACUCAGACAAAGUCCAAAAGAAGGACGGGCGCGAGCAGCGGAGAGGCGACGACUGCGGCGAGGGUGGAGAGGAAGAGGAACUGGGACGACGGCUUCAUGUGGACCAAGUACGGCCAGAAGGACAUCCGGGGCAGAGACCACCCGAGGCACUACUUCAGGUGCGCCUACGCGCUCGACGCCGGCGGCUGCCCUGCCAGGAGGCAAGUCCAGCGGUCCGAGGGGGACGACCCUCCCCUCUACGUGCUCACCUACUUCGGCGACCACACCUGCCGUCACCACGGUGAUAUGGCCGCCGUCUUGGAGGACGUCAAGACGAUACAGCCGCCGCUUAUCCUCGACUUUGGCUCGGCGGGCAGCCGCUCGCCUCUACCGGAGCCCGACGGUGUUGAUGUUCAAAGUGGAAAUACCUCACGCGCGGAGUCGGAGGAGGUCGCAGCCGAGGUGGGCAUAGUUGACUCGAUGCUGUUGGCAGACUUCCCGCCGCCCGCGGGGCAAGUGGCGGAGCUGAGCUUGUCUGCGGACGGCGUCCGUAGCCGUUGUUCCUCCUCCUUGGCAUCGGCGGACCCUUCGGCCGCCGUCUGCUACGAGUGGGAUUACGCCGGCGACUGCUCCUUUGACUACGUUAGCGAGUUCUUCGAUUCCGAAGACAUUGCCUUGUACCGAUAGCAUGCAUGUUCCACUUUUGCC